GUCCGACCACCAUCUUCCUGCUCGUAGCUUGCAUUCAAGGCUGCUGCAAUGCUUCCGCCCGGGAUUCUUGCCGUCGUCAUCGCCGCGUGUCUAGGGCGUGGAGCGGUGUCUCAGUCGAGUAGUACCGGAAGCGCCCAUUCGAUCAGCUUCUCUGCAUCCCAGAGUUUUCCAACGACAACCGUGUCCCAGGUCGCAGUCGCGACGCUGACUGCCACCCCAUCCGGCUCGGCAGGGGCCCUUGUCCCAUCUCAAGCUGCUCUUCCCCCCGUUCAAGCCUGGUGUCCUUCCGAGAUCUUCUGCGCAGGCUCGGUUCUCCAGACGCUCAACCUGGCGGGUAUCUUCACGGACCCCAAAACCAUCGUCGACAAACCGACUUCGAAAAACAGGAGCACUGUGCUUGCUGAUUUUGCGGCGUUGAACAGCAGCGGCACCGCUCUCACGGAGGGCCAAGUCGUGAGCUUCGUGGACGCUGACUUUACCGGUGAAGGACAGGAACUCGAGGCUGUCGUCCUCCCUGGAUUCACCGCGACCCCAGCUUUCUUAAAGAACGUGACGGAUCCGCUCCUCAAGGCAUUCUCGCAGACGGUGAAUGGCUUCUGGACGCAGCUGGUUAGAGGCACAAAUUCCAGCACCCUCUGCGACGGGGUGAGAUGCGAAAGCUCACUCAUUCCUCUGAAUCACACUUUCGUCGUUCCCGGUGGCCGUUUCCGCGAGCAGUACUAUUGGGACUCGUAUUGGAUUGUGGAGGGCCUCUUGGAGUCCGAGUUGUUCACCAUCGUCAAUGACACACUCCAAAACUUCAUGGACGAGAUUGAGCGGUUUGGUUUCAUUCCCAACGGGGGGCGAAUCUACUAUCUCGAUCGGUCCCAACCACCGCUCUUCAUCCAAAUGCUCGCGCGUUACGUAUCUGCAUCGAACGACACGGGAAUCCUGACCAGAGCCCUGCCCAUCGCUGAGCGAGAAAUCGCUUGGUGGGCGGCCCAUCGAACGGUUACCGUGAAGAGCCCGCUCACAAACAAAACACACUCGAUGAUCCAAUACAAAGUGAACAACACUGCCCCACGACCGGAGUCGUACCUGACUGAUUACUUGACCGUCCACGAUCCAUCACAACCUUCGCUGAACGCAACGCAGUCUGCUGAUCUCUAUGCUGAGCUGGCCAGCGGUGCCGAAACAGGCUGGGACUAUUCGUCACGAUGGAUCACGGACACGAGCUCCAAUCUGCGCAAUUUGAAUGUCAGGAAGACGUUACCAGUCGAUCUGAACAGCAUCAUGUACAAGAACCGUGUGAUAAUGGCGGACUUGUAUAACAAGACCAGAAACGCAACCGCAGCAACGUCUCAUCGGGCUGCUGCGGCUACCAUCAAAGACGGUAUCUUGGACCUGUUUUGGAAUGCGACUAAACUUGCAUUCUACGACUUCAAUCUGGAUACGAACGCCCAAAACAAUGUCUUUACGAUGGCCGCGUUCUAUCCGUACUGGAGCGGCAUCAUUCCGGCGGAGAUUGCGCGUAACAGCUCGAACGCGUUCGGUGCCUUUGCGGCUGUGAAUAUGGUGCUCAAUAGAUACAAUGGGACAAUGCCCGUCUCGUUCAUCGAGACCGGGUUACAGUGGGAUGCUCCCAACGCAUGGCCGCCGCAUCAAUAUAUCGUUCUUCAAGCACUGGCCGCCUUGCCCUCGAAUGUGUCCCAGGGGUCUAUCCCCACUCCAGCUGCGGGGCAGAACACGUUCUCGCUCAUCCCCGCUGGCCAACUCGGCCUGUCAGAAUCGGCCCUUCCGCUGCAGAAUUACAAUGCGACUGUCAAUGUCACUUCGUCUGGCCCCGUUGCAGAUCUAAAUGCGCUGAAUGGCACUGUCUUCAAUGGAGGCAACGCGACAGGCGGGGGCUGGGCCGAGGCCCUGCGAGUGCAGCUUGCCAAUCGCUACUUCGCCAGUGCUUUGUGCAGUUGGCAUGCGACCGGGGGCUCUAUUCCAGGAGUGUUGCCGCGCUUGUCGGACUCUGAGUUGAACGUCACUCAAAGUGUCAAUAACACAGGCAACGUUCGUUUCAAUAUCUCUGCCUCUGCUGAUGUAGUCUCACCCCGUCCCUUGAAGAUGUUUGAAAAGUUCUCAAUCUCGGACAUCGACUCUGCUGGUCGCGGAGGGGAGUAUGUCGUCCAGGCCGGCUUUGGCUGGACAAACGGAGUCGUGCUGUGGAUCGCGAGCAACUAUGGGUCCUCGCUUGUGGCCCCACAAUGCCCUCCAGUAACACAAAUUGCGGCUGCAAGCCCAGCGAGUGCCAGCCCUAGUGGCACAUCGACUGGAUCUUCACUAUCGGCGACGCCGGCUGCGGCUUCGGCAACUCCCACUACCGGAGGCUCUUUCAACGUUCAAGUAUCGGGAUUGGGGUCUCUGCUUUCCUUGGCAACUGUGCUCGUGAUGUACGCAUUUGUAUAG